AUGCCUACUCUUCGGAAAGCCUGCAAUACGAAGGACUGCUCUCUGAGGUCUAUCCGCGGGAUUUUAUUCAGCUCGGAGGCUCAUGUUGGUCGUGGCGUUCACGUACCUACUAUUACUCCACGAAACGAGUCAGUGGCACACCCACGCUUUCCCUCGCUGGAAGCCGUCCUCGGUCCAGUCCGGAAUUUACAGGAAACCUGGGUGGAUCUCGAGGCUGGGGCAGGGGCGCGGCGAUUCCUCGUUGCUGCGCAGUACGACCCCGCCCUUCCUGUCAACAAAGCGCUCAGGAAGCUUUCACCCAUCGAGUGGCACGGAGACCUGAUCAUCAUGCGUGCGGGUACCUGGGUGUUCGUCACCGACGUCGGUGCGCGCGCGCUGGCCAUUCGAGCCGUCCAGAAGUACCUCCGCAAGUGCCGCGAGGUUGUCGCCACUGCAGCCGCGCAAGGUCUGCCUGUCGAGUUGCCGGCGGUGGUGUAG